AGCGCAGACAGCGACAGCUCAUCUGACUGCAAAGAAACGACUCAUUUUAAUUAAAAGUGUGAUUAUUUGACAAGUCUUUUCUGUUUUAAAAAGCAGACAAAAGAUUAUGAAGAUCCUUUCUGUCAAAUGCACAGUACCUUUCCACUGCUCCGAGAAGCUCUCCAUAUGAUGCCUCUCUUUUACGCAACAGGUUCUGCGUGAUUAAUUUUACUUUAAACUCCGAUAAAUGUAGAAAGAAGCAUGCUGUCAACGUUUUGGCCCUUUGGCAUCGACCAGGAAAUCAACUCAUGGGAUGUAGUGGAUGCAGAGUCAGGUUCAACUUUGGAAAGGUGCUGUCCAAAGUCUCGGUGUUUUUUACCAUGGUCCUAAUCUUCACUUACUUCUUCUACUGUCUCACCGGAUUUUGUGAUUCGGCUCCAAGGACUUUAUACAGUCAGCAAAACUUAGAUUAUGACAUAUUGGACGAUCACCGUCGCAUUUUGGAGGACCUGCGACCACCGCCGCGUCUCCUCCCCGACGCGCCGGAACCGCACCGGAACCGCACAGGCUCCGCUGACGCACCAGAGCAGGUGGACGCGCCGGGUCCGCACGGCGCAAAGGAGAGCGUCCAGAGCAACGGCAUCCCAGUGUCCAACACUUUCGGGAUCAAACGGUUUCCUCAGGCGAUUAUAAUCGGAGUGAAGAAAGGAGGAACCCGUGCCCUGCUGGAGUUUCUCCGCAUCCACCCGGACGUGAGAGCGGUGGGUGCAGAACCUCACUUCUUCGACCGGUUUUAUGAUAGAGGACUGGAGUGGUACAGGAACAUGAUGCCUCGGACGCUGGAUGGACAGAUCACCAUGGAGAAGACUCCCAGCUAUUUUGUCACAAAAGAGGCUCCGAGUCGUGUCUGCACUAUGAACUGCCAAACCAAGCUGAUUGUGGUUGUGCGGGAUCCUGUGACGCGGGCGGUAUCUGACUAUACCCAGACGCUGUCCAAGAAUCCAGGCCUCCCAUCCUUCCAAAGCCUGGCCUUGAAGAACUCGUCCACAGGUCUGAUUGACACCACGUGGAGCGCAGUGCGCAUCGGCCUUUAUGCCAAACAUCUGGAGAACUGGCUUCAGUACUUCCCUCUGUCUCAUUUUCUUUUUGUUAGCGGUGAGCGGCUGGUGUCUGAUCCGGCUGGGGAGAUGGGUCGGGUUCAGGAUUUCCUGGGUCUGAAAAGGGUUGUAUCAGACAAACACUUCUACUUUAAUCAGACCAAAGGUUUCCCCUGCUUAAAGAAGCCUGAGGGGAGCAGCAGACCUCGCUGCCUCGGAAAGUCUAAAGGCAGACCUCAUCCAGAGAUCCCCGCUGAGGUCCUGCAGAGACUCAGAGACUUCUACAGGCCCUUUAACCACCGCUUCUACCAGAUGAGUGGACAGGACUUUGGCUGGGACUAACUGAAGGGAUCCCUGUCAUUUCCCACAUCAAAGUCAGUCUGUAUGCUCCAGGACUGACUGGUUCACAGGACUAAUGCUCUCAGGGAAGGGACGGAGAAAUACAAAGUCCACAAACUGGGAUUGUCUUUGGACCAUUUUGCCUCAGCGGAACCAACAUGACAUGCAGCACAUAUGAGCUGUUGAAGCUGCCAUAGACAAACUGCUGCCAAAAUGCAAGUUAUACACACAGUUAAUGGCUUAAACCAUUGAACCAUUUCCUUGCAUUUGUUUUAAUAUUAAUGUCCCACAGAAGUUAGAAGCAAACUAGAUACCAAAGGGAAAAAGGCCUUUGAAUAUACGUUUCAACUUACUUUGUGUGUGUGUUUUUUUUUUUUUUUUAAUAAAAUAAGCUGAUAUUUAUAGUUUCUGUUGAUUUACUACAACAGCUAUAAAAUUUUUUGAUGAGAAAAGUAUUUAUUUCAUGACAAACACAAAAACUGAUUAAACAAUUCUUGACGCAACAUUAAAGAAAAAUGUCAGUUAUAAACCACUAUUUCUUUUGCUUUCUAGCAGUAUUACUUUGACUGCAUUUAUUAUUUACAUUAUGAUUACUGUUUGGAAAUGGCCUUUGCUACAUAUCUCUAGUUUGAUGUUGCAGGAUAUUUCUUUGUAUAUUUCGAUGCUAUACCAAUGAUACCUCAUCUGUAUAUAUUAAAUGUGUAACAGUUUUUAGAAGCCACACAUACAUUCCAAAUUACAGAAAUGUAUGCAUUUGUAGAUAAUUCCCCCAUAAAGGUAUGUCUGUACUUUAGUUUUCUUGAAUGAUAUUUACUGUGUCAGCUGUCACAUACUUAAAUAAUAAAUGUCUAUUUUGAUCUGUGAUUAUUUUGAACCAUUGUUAAAGUACACAAAGUACGAUGCUGUGUAUAAAAACUUUGUCUCGACUCUGAUUCUCUGUGUUGUGAAGCUCUAAGUAAAGUUUUAUCUGAAACCUG